AUGGAGCGACCUGAUGCUCCUGGCGCUGGCUCGUUGGGACCGGAGCAGCGUGGGUUUUCUACAACAUCAUGCACCGACUCCGUCCUCAGCGAUACAUCCUGCCCGCCAUCCUAUGACCCAUUUCUGCCAUCGUCUGUGUUUGGUGCAGGGGAUGUGCCGCCAUUCGACUCAACCGCCAACUUGCUCUCGUCCGACAUAAAGAAUGAGACUUCCUCUUGGGACACUCACGACUCGCUAAGCAUUGACCUCGGUCGUGUGUCGUCUCUCACUCUUGGCACACCUAUCAGCCAAGGGCGGCACCCUGUGACGGAGCAACCUCAUCCUUACCCAUCGCCGCAGUCGGUGCAACCAUUAGAGCUGCCACCACAAUCGUAUUCACCAUUGCAUUCGCCAUCGCAGCCGCAGCCGCAGCCGCAGGCGUCGGCGCCGGCGCCAGCUCCAGCUCCAGCGCCUCCCCAUUCUGUACAUACGAUCCCAUUUACGACUUCACCCGUCCCGCAAACGCCAUGCGCUCCACGACGCCAUGGAUCCAACCACUCAUCUAUCGCUUCGUCUGCCGAUGAGUUCUCGCAUCCAUCUGACGUCCAGAACGUGUCGCCAUACCAAGCGUCUCUGCCUCACAAUGCCAGUACGACAGGCUCGAUUCCCAUGACGCCUCUGACACAGUCAGAUCGGACGUCUCGUCACACAGCUGAUUUGUCGACGAGCUCUUAUGCAUCGCUAGCGACACCCGAGUAUGGCCCACCCACCGGUCCACGAUUCAGCAGUGUGCCUGAUGUAUUUUCGCCCUACAUUCCGCCGCCGGAUCUGUCAGCGUACAGGACUGCAGCUCCCGAGACAAGUCCUACGCCCCGCAAGUCCUGCACACUACCUGUCUACAUGGAGUCCAUUCCCGGCACACCCGACGUGACCAGCACACCCCAUCCAUUGUGCAUGCCACCGAUGCCUCCUACAUCUGCAGGUCCUAUGACCUCUCCUGGUGGCCAAAUUCUUCUGGACGACCCCUUUGUGCCUAUGCCAUACUAUACACCCGCACCGACGUCCACUCUUCCGCCGCCAACGCCGCCGCCACCACCACCACCACCAGCAGCAGCGCCAUCAGGGCCCUCGUCUUCUAUGCCUCAUCGGUCUCAUCCACAACCCCCUCCGCAUCCAUAUGCGCAGUCACACGCAUCCCUGCACAACAUAUUGCCGAUGGAACAUGGGAAUGGCUUGUCACAACAUGCACCGCCUAUGAUGUCGCGUGUUCUGUCCGCGCCUGUAGGUCCCUUGUGGCCACACGAGUCACCAGGACCUCCCAUACCCUACACGCCGAUUCAGGAGCGAUCUUUGCCGACGUCGCCAGCUUCCAAUGGUGGUUAUGCCUUGCCCGUAAGCUCCGUGGCAAUGGCUCGCAAAUGCUUCACUCCAUACUCAAAGCAGAACUCGAUUUACUCGUGGCCGUAUCAUGAGAUGGAAUACUAUUCCUCGUCCAUGUCCGCGUCAAGGAGCAUGGGCUCUUUGGCGUCGCCUCUCCCCACGUCACCAGCCACACCCAGUGGCCCGUCUCGUCGCGGCUCGCAGAUGUCUCACAGUAUCAGCAUGCCUGGCGAUCAAAUCCCUGCGCUGCUUGACUUCGAGCGGCCUAGUCCCUCGCGGCAACGGGGCCGGAACCCCGGCCCACCACCUCUUGUCGUAAGCUCGGCAGAUAAGCUGCAUGUGUGCCAUUGUGGCCGGCGCUUCAAGCGCAUGGAACAUUUGAAACGGCAUACGCGCACGCAUACGCAAGAACGACCACACAAAUGUCCUGUGGCCUCUUGCGGCAAAAGCUUUGGCAGGACCGACAAUCUUGCUCAGCAUUUAAAAACGCACUUUCGGCCAGCCGGUCUGGCUGGGCGUUCCAGUGAACUCGCUCCGUUGAAGGACAAUACGCCAGCAACACACAUGCGGAACGACCCAUUCGCAGCGGCGGCGGCGGCGGCGGCCGCGGCUGCGGCUGCCGCCGCCGCUGCGUCGACCUCUUCCACAACCACAGUUCCUUUGCCAGAGCAUGAUAAAAUAAAGCAAGAAGACUAG